GUGUGUUAAGAAUUUCUUGUAAUUAUGUUUGAAAAUCGCUCAAAUUCGCGAAAUGGAAAUCGGGACUCGCGCCGUGGAGGAGAUCCGAAUGAAGAUGUUCCACCGAUGUCCCGAUUGUUUAUUAUUUGCAAUAAAGCUCACCAGGAGGAGGACUUUAGGGAGGCAUUUUCGCGUUUCGGUCAUAUAGAAGAUAUUUGGGUGGUAAAAGAUCGACACACUGGCGAAAACAAAGGGAUAACAUACGUAAAGUUUUCCAAAACAACUGAGGCUGCAAGAGCUCAGGAGGAAAUGAAUGGAAAAACUAUAGGUUCUUUGGAUCGUACCCUCAAAGUUCUCGUUGCAGCAAACCGUAAUCAAGGUUCAAGUAAAUCGGAGAAUGAACAUGAGAAAUAUAUUCGCCUUUUUAUUGUAUGCCCCAAAACAGCCACCGAGGAGGACUUACGGGAUGAAUUCAGCCAAUGGGCACCCGUUGAAAAUGUUACUUUAGUACGCGAUAAGCAAACGGGAAAUUCCAAAGGAUUUGCCUAUAUUCGAUUUUCGAAAUUUUAUGAUGCUGCUGUGGCUUUUGAAAAUUGUCCAGCUCAUUACAAGGCCAUGUUUGCUGAACCCAAAGGAAGCACGACACGUAAUAGAGAUCAAUACGGCGGAGGCCGUGAUGAACCAAUGAUGGGCGGACGUGGUGGUGGUGGUGGUGUUGGAAAUAUGGGUGGGAAUAUUGGCGGAGUUGGUUUCGGCGGUGGAAAUUUGAACUGCAUUCCAAUGGGAGGGGGAGCGAAUUUUAAUAAUGGCUUCAACGAUUGGGGUAACAAUUCGUUUAACAACAACAUGUCACAGUUUAUGGGAAUGCAAAAUACUCCAGUAUCACAACCAACCUGUUUAGAAGUCAUUGUGAGCAAUUGCGUCAACCAGGAUCAGUUAUGGCGUUUAUUUGAUAUUAUUCCUGGUUUGGAUUAUUGUCAAAUUGUUAGAGAACAUGAUCCACGUACAAAUGAAGCUCUUGUGGUGUACGAUAAUCCAGAAGCUGCUAUAUACGCAAAGGAUAAACUACAUGGAUUAGAGUAUCCAAUAGGUGAACGCUUAAUAAUCCAAGUUUCUGGCAUGAGUGGCGGUAACCACGUUGAUACAUCAUUCAUUGACAGACGUCCGAAAAAGGAUUCCAUUUGCAACGUUCCAUUGCCCGAUGCACAACCUUUAGCUCCAUUUGAUGCUCCUGUUGCUCAAAGGCUGUUCAUUGUUUUGUCUGCGAAUUUACCAAUUUCCAUCCUUAAAAAUGUAUUCUCUUGCUGGAGAGGUUUAAUUGAUGUUUACUUAUUACCGAACAAGAAUUGUGGUUAUGUUAAAUAUGCCGAUCGCGAUUCGGCACAGUCUGCCAUGAGAGUCUUACAUGGAGCAGAAAUUUGUGGCACAAAAAUAAAGGUCUUAAAGGCAGAAGAACGCGGCAAUGGCGAAGACGAUGAUGGCCGCAAGCGAAUGCGUAGGAAUUAAAUACAUGAAAGCAAAGACAAACCUUU